AUGCUAAGCACAUUCCCAGCUGUUAACGAUCAAAAGAUCCUCUUAAAAGAUUUGGACUCAUCUCUUUCUCUUGUUCUUCUUUCACUUAUCCUUCACUCAUUACGAGAGCCCUCUCUCUCUCUUUCUUCUUCUCUCAAUUACCAUCUUCCUCUCUCUAAGUGUUGUAUUUCCUCUCACCCUUUGAGUUCUUCCCCUUCACUCUGUUUCACCAUCUCUUCUCCCUCAUCUCCACGGGAAGACGAAGCUGCUUCUCUGAAGACGUCUCCACCUCCACAUGCGGUUCCUUCCGGCUUUGAGGAACCAACUCCUCAAGCGAUCAAUCACGCGAUGGCCAUACUGCUUGGUGUUCCGCCGGUGGAUAAUGAAACUCUCGCGGCAUUGGUUGCUGGCCUUAAGCCUCCGCCACGUCCGAUGUACUAUCCUCCUCCACCGACGAUGUUCGCACCGCCGACUCAGUACUCCUUCGCUAACCCACCACCAUUGCCGUAUUCCGCCAGGCCAAUUUACCCAAGGUGA